CCCCGGGCCAGGCUGGGCUGGAGCUGGGAGGUCGGGUGUUGGGUGACCCCAGUCCUGUGUCCAGGCCUUAGCGCUUUGUCUCUGCGAGGUUACAGCCCAGGCCGCCAUGGCGUUGCGUGCGGUCGUGUUCGGCUUUGAUGGAGUGCUGGCUCUGCCCUCGGCCACGGGCGCCCUCAGCCGCGCCGAGGAGGCCCUGGCGCUGCCCAGAGGCUUCCUGAAUGAACCUUUCCUGAAGGAAGGCCAGGAUGGCCCCACUGCCCACCUCAUGAGAGGACAGAUCACGUUUUCCCAGUGGGUGCCACUCAUGGAUGAAAACUACAGGAAACGCUCGGAAGCCUCUGGAAUCUGCCUCCCCGAGAAUUUUUCUAUAAACCAAAUCUUUUGCAAGGCGAUAUCAGCAAGAAACAUCAACCGCCCCAUGCUUCAGGCAGCUCUGGAUCUCAGAAAGAAGGGGCUUGCAACCUGCAUCCUCACCAACAACUGGCUGGAUGACAGCCCCUCGAGGGACAGCCUGGCCAAGCUCAUGUGUGAGCUGAACCCACACUUUGACUUCCUGCUGGAGUCGUGUCAGAUUGGAAUGGUCAAGCCUGAGCCUCAGAUCUACAAGUUUGUACUGGACACCCUGAAGGCCAAGCCCAGCGAGGUGGUUUGCCUGGAUGACAUGGAGAGUAAUCUGAAGCCGGCCCGUGACUUGGGAAUGGUCACCAUCCUCGUCCAUGACACCAACACAGCCCUGAGAGAACUGGAGAGAGUAACCGGGAUGCAGCUGCUCCACCCUGUGGCCCCCCAGCCGAUCCCCUGCAACCCAAGUGAUGUGAGCCAUGGGUACGUGACAGUAAAGCCUGGGGUUCGUCUGCAUUUUGUGGAGCUGGGCUCUGGCCCUGUCGUGUGCUUCUGCCAUGGGUUUCCUGAGAGCUGGUUCUCUUGGAGGUAUCAGAUCCCUGCUGUGGCCCAGGCUGGUUACCGGGUUCUAGCUCUGGACAUGAAGGGCUACGGGGACUCGUCCUCCCCUCCCGAAAUAGAAGAAUAUUCCAUGGAAGUGUUAUGUAAGGAAAUGGUCACCUUCCUGGAUAAGCUGGGCAUCCCGCAAGCAGUGUUCGUCGGCCACGACUGGGCGGGCGUGCUGGUGUGGAACAUGGCUCUCUUCUACCCCGACAGAGUGAGGGCCGUGGCCAGUUUGAACACUCCCUUCAUACCAGCAAAUCCCAAGGUGUCCCCCAUGGAGAGCAUCAAAGCCAACCCCGUUUUUGAUUACCAACUCUACUUCCAGGAACCAGGAGUGGCUGAGGCUGAACUGGAACAAAACCUGAGCCGGACUUUCAAAAGCUUCUUCAGAGCCAGUGAUGAGGGUUUUCUGGCUGUGCACAAGGUUCGUGAAAUGGGAGGACUCCUGGUGAACACCCCUGAAGAUCCCAGCCUCAGCAAGAUGGUCACGGAGGAGGAAAUUCAGUUCUAUGUGCAGCAGUUCAAGAAGUCUGGCUUCAGAGGUCCCCUCAACUGGUACCGAAACAUGGAAAGGAACUGGCAGUGGGGCUGCAGAGCCUUGGGACGGAAGAUCCUGAUCCCAGCCCUGAUGGUAACAGCAGAGAAGGAUGUCGUGCUAACCCCUCAGAUGACCAAGCACAUGGAAGAAUGGAUUCCCCAGCUGAAACGAGGACACAUUAAGGAUUGUGGGCACUGGACACAGAUGGAGAAGCCCACUGAGUUGAACCAGAUCCUCAUUAAGUGGCUGCAGACUGACGUCAGGGACCCACCGGUGGUUUCGAAGAUUUAACCUGUGGCCAUACCCAGCAGCACUACAUCCUUCAUCUGCAGGGAAACCCUGUCCUCACAUGCAUCUAUCAAGACCAGUGGCUUUGUUCCAAGGAAUUCGCCCCAAAGUGAUCUUUACAUGAAGUUAAUCAAAUAUGCUGUAAUUUUAAAUCCAGGAAAAAUAACACGUAAUUGAUUCUCUGAGUACAGUUGCCUCCUCCAUCCAUCUCCAAAGAUGGUUAGUGCCCUGAAGGUACAAAAUGCAGCACCCAGGUGAUGAUUUCAGUUUGAACAAUUUAUAGUUUUGCAGCCAAAUCUGUCGUUCAUUUUGAAGCAUUUCAGCAGAGAUUGGGAUCCUUUACUCAAUAAAGCCACGAUGACUUUG